AUGGGAGAGCCACUCAAAGUCAAGCGAGAUAAUGUCAGCAUUGUGGGAAAAAUCAUUUUGGAACAUGUCGAAUGGCUUCUGGAGUCUGUUUCCGAUGUGGAAAUGCCAGACAUUUUAUCUGGGAUUAUUGAAAAAGUAGAUACAAGAGUUAAAGAGAAAGGGUUAGAUGAGAUUCCGAUAGUCAGAGAAUUUCCUGAUGUGUUCCCUGCUGAGUUGCCAAGAUUACCUCCAGAUAGAGAGGAGAAAGAUAUUCCAAAGACGGCAUUUAGAAUGAGGUAUGGUCACUAUGAGUUCAUUGUGAUACCAUUUGGAGUGACAAAUGCAGCUUCUGCUUUCAUGGACCUCAUGAACAUGAUUUUUCAGCCCUAUUUGGACCAGUUUGUUGUUGUCUUUAUCGAUGAAAUACUAGUGUAUUUGAAAUCCAAUAAAGAGCAUAGCGUACAUCUGAGGAUAGUUUUACAAAUUCUCAAGGAUUAG